AUGUCAACUGACCCUUCGGCCCCCACUCGAAAAGAAGAAUUCUAUCAACUCCUCGAUAAAAUAUACGCCAGCCAUGAAGAACUGGUCCAGCAAAUUGACGAGCUGGAACUCAAGGACUUGCCUGAAUCAGCCACAAAUGAAGACUUGGAUCUUAUAAAAUCCAUCAGUACUAUUGUGGGAUACCGAACUCCAGAGGCGUUAGAAGCAAAAGUGAGAGCAGUAUGGGAGAAGCACGGCGUCUUUUUACCACCCGAUGAACUUCACGAGGAUGGACUUAAGCUAUACAGGCGAUUAUACGGCGAGCCAAUUAUUACCAAACCAGAAGAGCCACAGAAAGAGGAAGACCAGAUUUUCCGGGAGAACAAGGAUGGAGAAUGGGAAGAAGUGGAGAUGGCACAAGAUCAUCACUCGACUGAACCACAAGCUGCUGAAGGUGAAUACUUGGUAGGCAUCCCUGAGUCUGCUGGCCAUGAGGUAGAUAUCCAUACUACAGAGAGGUCCCGCCAGGUAGCAGCAUCCCUCGGAGCGGACCUAUUUACCGAAACUCCAACAUUCGACAGUGAAGACCCAUUCGUUCGAUCACACCCAUUUGUGGAUGAGGGCAAGUUUGGCACAAGCCCACGUAGUGUCACAGCUCCAGCAGCUACUAUGACGAGGCCAAUCACACAAAUGACUGCUGCCUUUUCUAAUAAACACAUUUCUGACACGGCCCAUAAAAUAUUUGGGGGAGACCAACUGCCCGAUUCUAUUAGGGUCGUAAAAUCUCGACCAAAGAACCCAAUCCCACUCACAGCAUCGCAAAAGCAAAUGUCCCCGAUUGAAAGCACUUUGUUUAUGUCAGUAUUAUACCCUGGAAUCUAUGCAUCAGUUUUAAGUGCGCUGGUAGAAACGCGAAAAAGACUCGGGACAAAGUGGAUUCGCGGUCUUAUGUGCAAAGAAGGAGGACCGAGCAUUCUUGAUGCAAGCGGUGGUGGCGCUGGUGUUUUUGCAUGGAGAGAAGUACUGCGAUCUGAAUGGUCCCUAAUGUACCCGGAUCAUCCGGAGGGAAGCCUGGCAACAGGGAAAUCUACUGUUUUGACUGGAUCGGACACACUGCGGCAUCGUGUUAGCAGUCUCCUGGAGAAUACUACCUUCCUUCCACGACUUCCAAACUACCUACGCCUUGCAGGGGAAUCAUCGCUUGGUCCCCAGAAGCCUGGGAAUCGAAAGAACUAUGAUAUUAUAGUUGCCCCUCAUUCGUUAUUACAUUUCGAGGAGGACUAUCAAAAAAAGGACUACAUUCAAAAUCUUUGGGCUAUGUUAAAUCCUAGAGGAGGUAUUCUGAUACUCCUUGAAAAAGGACACAAGGAGGGCUUUGCGGCAAUUGGAGGCGCCCGAGCGAUGAUAUUAGAACGGUUGAUUAAAUCUCCUGGAUCUUCAGAGGUUUCCGAUCCCGAUCCCGCUCCAGAGACCCAAGCUGGGCAAAUUGAGAAAAGCAAAGGCAUGAUAAUUGCACCAUGUACUACUCAUGCUAGAUGUCCCAUGUAUGUUGAGCCCGGAAAAAUGAAACAGCCCAAGCAGUUCUGUCGGUUUGCCCAGCGAUAUGUCAGACCCCACGUAUUGCAGCGCAUCCUUGGAAACCCAUCUCACAACCACGAGGAUGCGGAAUUCAGCUACCUUGCUGUCCAACGAGGUGUUGAUAGGCGGGAAGUUGACGGCUUGGUGCAGGAUGAGCAUACAACCAACGCAGCUUUCGCCGGCUAUGAACAUUCAGAUGAUAUUAAUGAAGCAAACGCCAAUGAUGCUAAAAAGGAGAUCAUCGAUCCGCUCUUGUGGCCCCGAGUCGUGCUGCCUCCUAUCAAACGAAAAGGCCAUGUCUCGAUGGAUUUAUGCACGCCAGAAGGGAAAAUAGAGCGCUGGACAGUUCCCCGCUCAUUCAGCAAACAAGCAUAUCGAGAUGCCCGUAAGUCCUCAUGGGGAGAUCUGUGGCCUCUAGGAGCGAAGACCCGGAUCCAUCGUCCCGUCCGAGCCAUCAAAAUAGAGGAGGCAACUCCCGUCAAGAAGAGGAUAGUGAAGCCAGGCGCGGAUUCAAGACGGAGACGUGCUGCCCUCGUAGAUGAGAGCGAGGAAUUUGAUUUAGAUGAAGAGCAAGAGCAGAAACUUGCCGACAGAGUGAAGUCCUAUCACGACCAGCGCAUAACUGGGAAGACUAAGAAAGAAAACAAAGUGCCGAAGUGGGCGAGGCAGAUGGAAGUGAAGCGCGAUCGCAAGUACGGCAAACAAUUGGGCCAUGAGUAA